AUGCCAUUGCAAAUACCCAACAAGGCAGAGGGAAGUAUGAUAUUGCUUUCCAUGCUAUCUUAUGCAGGACUUGGUGUCUACAAUCACAAGGUGCUGGAAGGCCAACCUGAACAGGAUGCUCUCAUGACAUUUAUGGCGUGGGUGUGGAUUUCAUCCUUUGUCAUGAUGCUAGGUGGUGCUCACAAGCUCAAGUUUUGCACCGUUGGUACUCUGAUUCUCUUUUCCAACAUGCCAAUGCUCUCUAGCAUAGGUCUAGGAUGGAUUUGUGCCUUUGAAUCCAUGAUGUGGUUAUGCUUUCAAGCGCAAUCACUGGUGCCACAGCAAAAGAAGGAAAUAUUAUCAGGGAAUGCCAAGAAACAGAAGAGAUUGGAGUUUAUUCGCAAGACAGUCAUUACUAGAAGGAUACGCAAUGAGGGCCCAUUGUGUGGAGAGUCCUGUACCAUUUGUUUGCACGAUUUCAAGAGAAGGGACACUGUCUGCUUUUCUCCCAAUUCCAAAUGCACCCAUGCCUUUCACCUCUGUUGCGCACAAGAGUGGUUGUCCCAACAUGUUCGGUGCCCUUGUUGCAGAGAGAACUAUCUGCAAAAGGCAGGAAAGAAGAAUGUCUUGCCAGAAGCGGAUCCAACCGUACCAUGCUUGAAGGAUGAAGUGAGUUCUGAUUGA